AUGGUUUCCCCGUUUCUGUCCUCCGAGCCCAUCGCCGAAGAAGGGUCGCUGGCCAUCCUCCAUCUCCGUCGCAAUCUUCUCACGCCCACAAUCCUGAGCACACACGACGAUGAGAACCUGGGCUACAAAGAAGGAAAAGUGACGAACACGCGAUACGGUUCCUUCCCACACAGCACGUUAAUAAACAAGCCAUGGGGAUCCCAGAUCAUCGCCUCCAAAGUUGACACCGGUUCGAGAGGCCGAAAGCCCAAGAAUGGAAACGGGGCGAAAUCGUUGAAAAGAAAGGCGGACGAACUCGACGUUUCAGAAGCCAACGAAGAGUCGAGGACGACAGAAGCCAUUGCCACCACCAGCGGGUUUAUUCACCUAUUGCGACCUACGCCUGAAUCGUGGACGUCCUCGCUCCCGCAUCGAACGCAAGUCGUGUAUACGGCAGACUACAGCUACAUCCUUCAUCGCCUUCGAGUACGCCCUGGUAGCUCUAUCAUAGAAGCAGGUGCCGGAAGCGGAUCUUUCACCCAUGCAGCCGCCAGAGCAGUCUUCAACGGGUAUCCGUCUGACAGCAACAACCCGAAAAGACGGCGAUUGGGGCAAGUCUCCAGCUUUGAAUUCCACAAGACUCGAGUGCAGAAAGUCCGCGACGAGAUCAGAGGCCAUGGUCUAGAAGGGAUCGUUCGCGUAAAUCACCGAGAUGUAUAUAAUGACGGUUUCCUAUUGGGCCCACCGUGGAAUGGCGAAUCGCCCAAAGCAAACGCUAUCUUUCUCGACCUUCCAGCUCCAUGGCUGGCACUCAAACACCUAGUGCGCAACCCUUCAGACGGCUCCGAAUCGCCUUUGGAUCCCUCCUCCCCCGUACAUAUAUGUACAUUUUCUCCGUGCCUUGAACAGGUCCAGCAAACGAUCAGCGCCCUGAGACAGCACUCCUGGCUCUCCAUAUCCAUGGUUGAAGUCAUGCACCGCAACAUCGAAGUGCGAAGAGAAAUUCACAGUGUCGAAUGCGAUGGAGGAACCCGCGGUUCUGUUCCAGGUCCAAGAAACGUCGAAGAAGCGCUUUCUAAGCUCCGAGCGGAAGAGCAAGCCAAAGCGCUUCGUGAAAUGAUACGAGAAAGCCAAAUUCCCAGCGAAACAGACAGCACCAACCGGCCUAAAGGCGAAAAAGACACGAGCGCCCCAGACAGCGCAGCAGCGCAAACGAAGUCCGCCACCCCAGUGUCCAUGCUUCAAACCCAGCCUGAACAAGUGAAGCCCUCGAUACCUUCCUUCAAACAGGGGAAAGUCAUCCAUCGUUCUGAGUCCGAGCUUAAAACGCACACAUCCUACCUUGUCUUUGCUGUUCUACCCUGCGCUUGGUCAGAGGAAGACGAGCGAAAAUGUCGAGAGAAAUGGCCAUCAGCCAAGGUUGAUCCUCCAAAGCUGACUGGAAAAAAGAGUAAAAAGCAAAUGAAGCGUGAGGCUAGGGCCAAAGAGGCAGAAGCAGGAAUGGUCAAGAUGCAAAGUGAUACCGAGCCUGAGCCCGCGGGUAAAUGA